UUUUACCGCUGUCUUUUCUCGGCCUGGUCAUCUACGUCCUAUGCAGCCAGCUCCCGGCACAGCAGCAGCUGCUCCAGCCACCUGAGCAGGCUGACUCAGAAGCUGCUGGGGGCUUCACAAAGCUGGAAGGGAUGGUUGUGGUGGGGGACAGGCAUGGACAGGAGGAACCCCACCUGUUCACCUAAGAGCCCAGGAUACCCGCCACAGGGAUGGCCUCCGGGGCUAGGCAGGGGGCUCUGCAGUGGAGAGAGUGCGACGUAGCUGAGCUCCAGCUGAACCACACAGGUGAAAUGGGUAAACAGGGACUGCGGCAGGACCCCAGGCUGCACUGGCAGGGGGGCCCAGCCCUGGGCCGCUCCUUCCUGCAUGGACCACAGCUGGACAACGGGCAGCUACGUGUCCAGCGUGAUGGCAUCUAUAGGCUGCACAUCCAGGUGACACUAACCAACUGCUCCUCCUCAGUGAAGAACAUUGUGUCCCGCAGGGCCGUCCUGGCGGUGGGCAUCUGCUCCCCAGCGGCGCGCAGCGUUAGCCUGCUUCGUCUCAACUUCCACCUCAGCUGCACUGUCUCCUCCCAGCGCUUGACGUACCUGGCCCACGGGGACACCCUCUGCACCAACCUUACUCUGCCUCUGCUGCCAUCCCAAAAUUCUGAUGAGACUUUUUUUGGGGUUCAGUGGGUGCACCACUGAAUGCUAUACCUCCUCACUCAGAUUUUUGGGAGAGAUUGUUUUUUCCGUUCGUUGUUUAACACACUAUUAAAUAUGAUUUAUAAUAAAAUAUAUACUUC